GCGGAAGAGGCCCCCGUCGCGCCCGCGUCCCCUCGGGUCCUUGAGCCGGUGCCGAGCGCGGAGCCAUGGCGUCGAGGCUGCUGAGAGCGCUCCCUGCGUCCGCGGCGGCCGCCCUCCGCGCGGGAGGAAUCCAUACAAGUGCACAGUGUAAGCUACAGUAUGGCCCUUUGGCAUACAUACUCGGCGAAAGAACAACCAAAAAGUUCACGGAACGCAGCAAAGUGAUAACUGUAGAUGGCAAUAUAUGUUCUGGAAAAAGCAAGGUUGCGAAAGAAAUAGCAGAGAAAUUAGGCUUGAGGCACUUCCCCGAAGCAGGGAUACAUUACGCCGACAGCACUACAGGAGACGGCAGGCCGUUGGACGUGGAGUUCAGUGGCAGCUGCAGCAUGGAGAAGUUCUACGACGACCCGAGGAGUAACGACGGCAACAGCUACCGCCUGCAGUCCUGGCUGUAUGCCAACCGCCUCCUGCAGUACGCGGACGCCUUGGAGCACUUGCUGAGCACAGGACAAGGUGUCGUAUUGGAACGCUCCAUCUUCAGUGACUUUGUUUUCUUGGAGGCGAUGUACAACCAGCAAUUCAUCCGAAAGCAGUGUGUGGACCACUACAACGAGGUGAAGAAGGUCACCAUCUGUGAAUACCUGCCUCCUCACGUGGUGAUCUACAUCGACGUGCCUGUUCCAGAGAUCCAGAGUCGGAUUCAGAAGAAAGGAGAUCCCCAUGAGAUGAAGGUCACAUCCGCCUACCUGCAGGACAUCGAGAACGCCUAUAAGAAGACCUUCCUGCCUGAGAUGAGUGAGAAAUGUGAGGUUUUACAGUAUAGUGCAAGGGAAGCUCAAGAUGCAGAAAAGGUAAUAGAGGAUAUCGAAUACCUCAAGUAUGACAAAGGGCCGUGGCUCUAUCAGGACGACCGGACUUUUCACCAUCUGCGGAUGCUGGUUCAGAAUAAGCUGGAGGUGCUGAAUUACACAACCAUUCCUAUCUAUCUCCCAGAAGUCACAAUCGGAGCGCACCAGAGUGACCGCAUCUUCCAUAAAUUCACACAGCUGCCAGGCCGCAAGUACUGCCCUGGGUACAACGCGGACGUGGGUGACAAGUGGAUCUGGCUAAAGUGACGGACUUCCCCCCCGCCCCCCCCCCCACGGGCUGCAUCGCGGCGACGACGAAGAGGCUGCCACCUGCCGCGUCCUGUGGACUCCACGUAACUUUAACACGCGGGGGGAAGGUAACGGACUGGGGCGCGGCCUGGCCAGAGCAGGCUCCCUGUAGAGUAGCUGAGCCCGGGGAGGGCCUCGGGGUUACGAGGCUCCUGAGGCUCCGCAGCUUGUAGCUUUGUUCAGGAAAACCCUGCUGUGAAAGGCCAGAUUAGUAGAGGAAGCUCCUUUCAUUACAGCUGUGCUCUGUGUCCUGCACAUCUUGUACUUGGUGGCCUCUGACUUCAAGAAAUAAAACCGCUUCCACGGUG